UAACAAGCUUUCUCUGACAGUCCACACGGUAACUGGACAGUUUACAAAUCAAGAUGGCAGGUCUGUCUUUAUACUUUGAAGAUGGUCAUGAUGAUUUGGAUGACUUCGGGUUUGAUGACUAUGGUUCAGAGUGCGACGGGAUUCGGAUCACUGCCUUUCUUGAUGCAGGGCAGGACAACCUCACUCCCUUAGGACGGCUUGAGAAAUAUGCCUUCAGUGAGAAUGUCUUCAACAGGCAGAUUGUGGCACGUGGGCUGUUGGACGUGCUACGAGAGUUCAGCGACAACGAGAACGACUUUGUCGCUGUCAUGGAAACCGUUGCCAGAAUGUCAGAGGAUGGUGAGCCCACAGUCCGUGCUGAACUGAUGGAGCAGGUGCCCAACAUCGCCAUGUUUCUGCACGAGAGCCGCCCCAACUUCCCAGCAGCCUUCUCCCGAUACCUGGUGCCCAUUGUUGUACGGUACCUUACUGACCCAAACAACCAGGUGCGGAAGACCAGCCAGGCCGCCCUGCUGGUGCUGCUGGAGCAAGGCCUCAUCUCCAAGAGUGACAUGGAGAGCAAAGUCUGCCCUGUGCUGCUGGACCUGACCGAGCCCAGCAGCGACGACGACUACAAGAUAGAGGCAGUAGCGAUCAUGUGUAAGCUGGUGACCAUGCUGAGCAGGGACACUGUGGAGAACCUGCUGCUCCUGAGAUUCUGUGAGCUGUGCAGCGAUGCCAGGCUCUUCCAAGUCCGAAAGGUGUGUGCUGCCAAUUUUGGGGAGUUCUGUUCCAUCGUGGGCCAGGAGGCCACAGAGAAGCUACUGAUGACGAAGUUCUUCGACCUGUGCUCGGACAGUCUGUGGGGGAUUCGCAAGGCCUGUGCUGAGUGCUUUAUGAUUGUCUCGAACUCCACGUCCCCGGAGGUGCGGCGGACAAAGCUGUCCCCCCUCUUCAUCAGCCUUAUCAGUGACCAGUCCCGCUGGGUGCGACAGGCUGCCUUUCAGUCUCUGGGCCGCUUCAUCUCCACUUUCGCCAAUCCCUCCAGCAUGGGCCUGCACUUCAGAGAGGAUGGGACCCUGCGAGACAUCGCCAAGUCUCCCCCUGAAAAGUGUGAGCCACCAGGUGGCAGUGAGUUAGCCAAGACCUGCACUGAGGCGGGGAGCUGCCAGAGAGAGACACCAGCACAAACACCCCCUGAGGCAGACAACAGCUCCGCUCCAGUUCCAGACUCAGUUUCAGAAAGCAGUGAGCGCUCUCAAGGACCUGGUCCUGACCCUGCAGACUACAAAGGAGCGAUCUGUGCGGGACAGGAGCAAACCUGUGCUGCGAUCACACAGGGGGGGAAGGGAGGACCCCAAAAAAGCGAAGACACAUACAACUCCUUUCAUUAUUGGAGGCCUCCGCUGCCAGACAUCACCCAGGACCUGGAGCUUUUGCAGAGAGAGGAGGAAGAACAGGAGGUGCCCAGCCUGGGUUCCCAAGGGCCUGCAACCAGCUCCCAAAUCCAGAAGGUGCUAGACUGCCUGCAGCCCCACCUGGAUGACCCAGAUGUGCAAGCUCAAGUCCAGGUGCUGUCUGCUGCGCUGAAGGCAGCCCAGCUGGAGAAUCAGUCUGAGGAGGGGGAGCAGGAGGAGGCCGCAGCAGACAGCAACGGGGCCACGGUGGUGCCAGCCCCCGAUUCUUCGCCUCCGCCCGCGAGCCCGGCCUUCGAACCUGAUCCCGCGGAGAGCUAUAUUCUGGAAAAGGCGGACCCCCCUGCAUCUCCACAGUCACCUCCCAGCUCUCCCCUUUCUCCUGAGGAGUCUGAACUAAGCCAUGAGGAAUCUGCUGAGUUAAUUGAGAGUGUGGAAGAAGGGAAGGACUCUGCCCCCAACCAGCAAUGUGAGGAGGAGAAAUCCAAGGUCCAGAACGUGAUCCCCCAGCAGCUGCUCGAUCAGUACUUGUCAAUGACCGAUCCAGCUCGAGCUCAAACUGUGGACACGGAAAUCACCAAGCACUGUGCCUUCAGCCUGCCUGGAGUGGCUCUCACGCUGGGCCGGCAGAACUGGCAUUGUCUCAAAGACACCUACGAGACACUCGCCACUGACGUGCAGUGGAAAGUACGCAGGACAUUGGCGUUUUCCAUACACGAGCUGGCAGUGAUCCUAGGAGACCAGCUCACAGCGGCAGAUUUGGUUCCUAUCUUCAACGGCUUCUUGAAGGACCUGGAUGAGGUGCGCAUCGGUGUCCUCAAACACCUCUACGACUUCCUCAAGCUGCUUCACGCAGAUAAACGGCGGGAGUACCUUUACCAGCUGCAGGAGUUCAUGGUGACAGACAACAGCAGAAACUGGAGGUUUCGAUACGAGCUCGCAGAGCAGCUGAUCCUGAUCAUAGAGUUGUACAGCCACUAUGACGUGUAUGACUACCUCAGACAGAUAGCACUUACACUCUGUUCUGACAAAGUGUCUGAGGUCAGGUGGAUCUCCUACAAAUUGGUGGUGGAGAUCCUGCAGAAGAUGUACGCUAGUGGAGCCCAGGAUCUGGGCCUCAACUUCAUCAAUGAGCUCAUCGUCCGAUUUUGCCACUGCCCCAAGUGGGUUGGGCGCCAGGCGUUCGCUUUCAUCUGCCAGGCGAUAGUGGAAGAAGACUGCAUGCCCAUGGACCAGUUUGCUCAGCACUUGCUACCCAGCCUGCUGAGCCUGUCUUCUGACCCUGUCGCCAACGUGCGUGUGCUGGUAGCCAAGGCACUGCGGCAGAGCAUAUUGGAAAAAGCAUACUUCAAAGACCCUGGCUGUGCUUACUCAGAUGAGCUGGAGGAGACAGUCAUGGCUCUGCAGGCUGACAAAGACCGGGACGUGCGCUUUUUUGCCAGUUUGAACCCCACCAGAUGUGUUAUCGACACGGCAGCCUUAAUCUAACUCUAACAGCCCCUGUACUGCAACAAUCACCAGCACCAAUCCAGUGAUGCAUGCACACACAGAUACACGCAUACACACAGGUGCACUCACACACACACACACAAAAUUUGUAUCUUCUCACCUCUUGGACUCAACUGAUCAGGGAACAGAGAAUAGGAGUUAGGAGUCACUCACUGCGUGAGUCACUCACAGGGCAGAACAUCUUAUGGGGUAAGGAACACAAGAAGACCACAUCUCCACACUUCUGUAGUAUCUUAUGACUCAGAUUCUGUAAAUGCAGACUUGUUGUAUGAUGCAACAAGCUGGCUCUCCAAAGGUUAUUGUACAGUUGAUAUAAAUAUUAGAUUUUUUUCCCUCCCUUGAAUUUCUUUAAAAAGGAGAAGAAAAAAUGGCUUGGAGGUAUGCACUAACUCAGGGGGACUGAUCUGAACAAUAGAUGCUAACAUGCCUGAAAAUGGCACUGAUCCCAGGUGAUAUUCCAGCUGACACUGUUUGUCUGUGUCCCAGCACACAGACCCUGUAGCCACCCUAUGUCACCAGAAAGUCCUCAGGUUCCUGUAAGCUCAUCUGGACCCAUCUCACAGCCUGCCUCUCCUUGGCUUCAUAAGGCCUCGAUAACCACUACUGCUUGAGAGACGCCUUUCCCACCCUCUGUUUUUAGAAAUCAUAUCAGAAAGACUUUUUAAAAGCUAAUGAAUGAGCCGUGGCUCCCCUCACCACAUUCACCAGUUUUGCAACGCCCAUCCCCUUUACUGGUGCAGAUUAGAUAAAAAAAAAAUACCUCGACCUGGAUGGGUAUAUUUUGUGCUGGUGCAGGGAGUCUCAACUGGAUUAAUUUGUUUACAAGGAGUAGCGAAUGUGACCUUUUGUAGUGCUGUCAUCACCUAAGGGCUGAUGGUGAAGUGCUGCAGUCUGACCCAAAAGAGGGAAUAGAAAGAAAGCACAGUUGGGCAUCAGUGCAGCUUCAUCGUCGUAAAAGCAAGAGACCAGGAGCCAGUCUCAACUGCUCUCACAUUGCUGACCGGAACAAGCGAUUUCCCAGCGCCUUUGGUCUGCGUUGGACUGGGGCCGAUGCGAAAUGACCAUGAACGAAGGAGACUGUUGCUUUGUUUGUGUGUGCGCGGAACCAACAUGGGAGGUGGGGCUCCUUCUGGUUUACAGCGGGUCCACAAGGCAGAGAGUCCAGAGUGUGAGGUAGUGAUGUUCAUUCUACCUCUGAACGGAACCUCUGCAUGGCAGUGCAGGAGUACUGCCCGCUGAAGCCACCGCGGUUUCCAGAGGCACCAAGGCCAGUCAGUAGAUCAACCGAGGAGAUGCAAGUGUGCAAAUUAUGGGAGCUGUCACCAAGUCACUUUUUUUCCUCUUUAAGUGUUGUUCCCCCCCCCCCCCACUUUGUUUCCUUGUAAAAAAAAAAGGCAGAUUGUUUGUCAGUAGAAAUGACCAGAGAAAUGAAGCUGAUGACAGUGGUUUUUUUGUCUCAAGUUUGUCCUCCCUUAUGCUCUCCUCCAGUGGGGGUGUUCACAGCACUGAGGGGGCAACUCAACUCUUCUGUCUGUGCAAUUUGUGCCCGUCUCAUUUUUUAAUG